GAAGUGGUCCCUGCUCUUCCGGUCUCUUGACAGUCUAAUAAACAGAAGAAGGCUCUCCCGGAACUCUGCAGCCUCAUCGGCUCUGAUUCUUUCAACAUCGGGGUUCGGUCCAACAUGGCGGCUUACGGAUGGAAAUACUGAUGACAGUCCGAAAGAUCGCCUCGAUUUGUACGAUGGGCGCCAAUGCCUCUGCCUUGGAAAAGGAGAUUGGACCGGAACAGUUUCCCGUUAAUGAACACUACUUUGGCCUGGUCAACUUUGGAAACACCUGCUACUGUAACUCGGUGCUGCAGGCGCUCUACUUCUGUCGACCGUUCAGGGAGAAGGUGUUGGCGUACAAGGUGCAGCCGCGCCGGAAGGAGUCCCUCCUCACCUGCCUGUCCGACCUCUUCAACAGCAUCGCCACGCAGAAGAAGAAAGUCGGCGUGAUCCCGCCCAAGAAGUUCAUCUCCCGACUGAGGAAAGAAAAUGAGCUGUUCGACAACUACAUGCAGCAGGACGCCCACGAGUUUCUCAACUACCUCCUCAACACCAUCGCAGACCUGCUGCAGGAGGAGAAGAGCCAGGAGAGGCAGCAGAACGGGAAGCUGGUGCAGAAUGGAGGAGGAGGAGGAGGAGGAGGGGGGAGUACAGGAGGAGGGAGCGGGAGUGAAGGAGGAGGAGGAGGAGGAGGAGGAGGAGAAGGGGAAAGUGGGAAGGAGACACAACAGACGUGGGUUCAUGAGAUCUUCCAGGGGACUCUGACCAACGAGACGCGCUGCCUCAACUGUGAAGCUGUGAGCAGUAAAGAUGAAGACUUCCUGGAUCUGUCCGUGGACGUAGAGCAGAACACGUCCAUCACACACUGUCUCAGGGGCUUCAGCAACACAGAGACAUUAUGCAGUGAAUACAAAUACUACUGUGAGCAGUGUCGCAGCAAACAGGAAGCCCAGAAAAGGAUGCGGGUAAAGAAGCUCCCGAUGAUCCUCGCCCUCCACCUGAAGCGCUUUAAGUACAUGGACCAGCUGCACCGCUACACCAAACUGUCCUAUCGCGUCGUCUUCCCUCUGGAGCUCCGCCUCUUCAACACGUCCGGGGACGCCACCAACCCCGACCGCAUGUACGACCUGGUGGCCGUCGUCGUACACUGUGGAAGUGGUCCAAACCGCGGACACUACAUCACCAUCGUCAAGAGCCACGGCUUCUGGCUGCUGUUUGACGACGACAUUGUAGAGAAAAUUGACGCACAAGCGAUCGAGGAGUUCUACGGUUUGACGUCGGACAUUUCCAAGAACUCCGAGUCAGGAUACAUCCUGUUCUACCAGUCCAGAGACUGAACCUGCCAGUGGUAAAUCCCCAACAGACUGUCACUCAACAGAGGGGGAGGGGCUUAUGGCUGCCACAGGGCUCCGCCCAGUACGCUCACAUAAGUAUCCAGGCUUUAUUCCCUGUAGGCGGAGCUUUGCACUGGAGCGCCACUCGGAUUUGCUUGAGUCGUGUGCAGGUCGCAUGCCAUGCCAGCCUCCUGGAUUACGACCAUCUUAACUCCUCUGAGCCCUCACUGCAACAAAAAAAAAAAACAUAAAGCACCUUAAAAAUAAAAAACCAAGAUGGCUGAUUCUGUAACACUCACUUUGCACUGGGGCGUCAGCUGGGAAGACUGGAGUAAACGCCAAUCCAUGAGGCUGACAUAGCCGUAUGCACGGCGCUCUGUUCUGGAGGUAAACGCAGUUUGGGAUUGUUAAGACGACGCAGAGUAACCAAUCAACUGUUUCUGAAGAGACACUUGCUUCUGAUUGUAAUCCUUCUUGUCACGGUAACCAGCUUCAUUACUGUCUUCAUUUGCAUUUUCUUUCUUUCUGCUAACACACCGGUACCAUGGUUCACUCCAAAAACUCAUUCCAGAGAUGAAGGAAAAAAAACACCGGACGGCUUCAGUUAGAUGUCCCAUCUGCUUCAACAUAAACACGGACACGACCUGUGGUGACUAAGGAGCUAAGAGCGCGGCGCAGUGAUGCUAGCCUGCAGUGUUUCCAUCGUGAAGUGGUGCUAAUAACGACAAGUGUUCUAGGCGGAGCAUGAAAUAGAAAACCAGCCACCAGACAUGACAAAGAGGAGCUCAUAGUUCUGACUCUUACUCAUAAAGAAGUCCAAGAAUACAAAAUGUUAAAAAACGGGAAAAAAUCGGCAAUUUUUUGGGCUUUUUUGCCUUUAUUUGUUAGGACAGCUGAAGACAGACAGGAAAUGUGGGGAGUAGAGAGCGGGGAGAGGACAUGCAGGAAAUGGUCAACCUGCCAGGAAUCGAACCGGCGACCCCUGCGACGAGGACUGCAGCCUCUGUAUGUGGGGCGCUUAGACCGCUAGGCCACCAGCGCCACGCAAAAAAAUAUUUUUAAGUUUGUUUUGCUAAAAAUACUAUUUUAAGAUUCUACUUCUGCAUGAGUCAGAUUUUAUUUAUUUGUAUUAUUCUAUUAAUUGGAGUGAUUAAUAACUUAAAAGGGGGAAAGAACAACUUGUUUUUAUGUUGGCACAUAAAGCGCGUUCAGAAAAAGCUGAAGUUUAAGUUUGUUUUGCUAAAAAUACUAUUUUAUUAGUUGGAUUUUAUUCUUAAUUAAUUGGAGUGAUUAAUGACUGAAAAGGGGGAAAGAACAACAUUUUUAUUUGGGUCAAAAAUUUGUUAGUUGAAAAUAAUAACCAAGUCAUAAAGUGAGUUCAGAAAAAGCUGAAGUUUAAGUUCAUUUUGCUAAAAAUACUAUUUUAAGAAUCUUCUUCUGCAUUAGUCAGAUUUUAUUUAAAUUUACUAUUUCUAUUAAUUGGAGUGAGUAAUGACUUAAAAGGGGAAAGAACAAGAUUUUUAUUUGGGUCAAAAAUUUGUUUUUAUGUUGAGACAUAAAGUGCGUUCAGAAAAAGCUGAAGUUUAAGGUUUUUUGCUAAAAAUACUAUUUUCAGAUUCUACUUCUGCAUUAGUCAGAUUGUAUUUCGAUUUAUUAUUGUAUUAAUUGGAGUGAUAAAUGACUUAAAAGGGGAAAGAACAAAAUUUUUAUUUGGGUCAAAAAUGUGUUCGUUGAAAAUAAUAACCGAGACAUAAAGUGCGUUCAGAAAAAGUUUAAGUUAGUUUUGCUAAAAAUACUAUUUUAAGAUUCCACUUCUGCAUUAAUCAGAUUUAAUUUUAUUAAUUGGAGUGAUAAAUGACUUAAAAGGGGAAAGAACAACAUUUUCAUUUGGGUUGAAAAUUUGUUUGGGGAAAAUAAUAACUGAGACAUAAAGUGCGUUCAGAAAAAGCUGAAGUUUAAGUCUGUUUUGCUAAAAAUGCUAUUUUAAGAUUCUAUUACUGCGUUAGUCAUAUUUUAUUCUAUUAAUUGGAGUGAUCAUUUAAUUAAAAGGAGGAAAUAAUAACAUUUUCAUUUCAAAGAUAAAUAAAAAAACACAUUUUCUUAUGUGGAAGAAAAAAAUAACCAAGAUAUGAAGAGUGUUCAGAAAACGCUGAAUACAAAGUCAAUGCAGAGACAAAAGGCUUCUAACCGGGAUAAUUGGGUCUAAGUCAAUGCCAUCGUUAACGGAACAAGCUUUGUUUUGGUCUGAAGACAACUUCAUGGAAUAGCUGCAAACUAGCUCUGGUUUUAAAGGCUAGCUAAAGAAGUUGAAAGUGGCUGGUUUUAUUUUAAAGUUCAUGCCGUGUCAGGUCGUGUCGUGUUUUUGUUGCCACAGUUGGAAAAUCUAAACGACUGAACACAUCAAACAAAAGACAGCCAGGUGUUUCAACAUCAAACAGAGUAAGCUAACUUUUUUUAGCAGGUUUUUUUCGUGUCCUUCUAAAAGUUUCAACUUAACAUUUCAGCCUUUUUUUAAAAAUCCAGAAUAUGCACAUCUCUACCAUUUCUUAAAAGAAUACAGACUCAGACUUUCUUUCCUUUCAGUCAGUCCUCAUACCCACACUACAUCCAGGUUGAAUGUUUGUGUGCCUCGUCAUUUUGUUCCCAAUUAAAGCUUUAUUUCUGGACACAAAAAAAAACACACGCCUCCACACUCUCACACACACACACACACACACACUUCUGCUGCAGCUGUUCAUCACUAACCACCAAUCACACGCUGGCAAAUUUUGGACCCAAGAGGCUGGAGUGCUUUUUUGUCCUGCAGCUGCAGCUCUGGCAGGCAGUCAGACCCUUUUUACAUAACGUGUUUUUUCACUCUCAGAAUCUUAAAUUGAAGCUCUCGGUUAAUGCUGACAGAUGCUAUCAGUCUGAUGAUGUGGAGAUGGUACAUUCAAUGCAGUAACUCUCAUUUCAUGUUCUUUUAUCUGUGGUAUUUUCUAACACUCCUGGCUGGGUUCAAAUUUGUUUUUAAUUUCACUAAAGCAAGAAGAAACGGGAAUCAUCUGAAAGCCUGUACUUGCCUAAACUUGAGCCUGCUGAUCGGCACCGACCUCCUUCUUUCACCUCUGUUGUUUUUGUUUAACGCACAAACAAACCAAAUGUAGGAUUUUUUAAAUUUUCUGUUUUUUUGUUAAAUGUUGUUUUUUGAAGUAUGUUUUACACUGCCAAGCUAAAGCCCCGAGUUAGCAAUGAAGCUAACUUCCUCUCUCUUAGCUGCAACAGAUGGGAAGUGAUUUGAGUCUCAGAUGUCAGGUCAGGUGUUUUUACGAACGUCCAGUUAAAAAUGAAAUCUCAUUCGCUCGGUCGAGGCUUCAAAGUCAACACUAUUUCCUUUAUUUAUCUGUGCUGCUCUUAAACUGAACUCAUUAAGAUUCAACAAAGUGUUUUUGUUGUUGUUGAAUCUUCUUGGGGGGUAAAUCCAGAUCAUGUCCAUCAGUUCUACAGUUCUUAGAUUUGUAGUUUUUUGGUUUGAAAUAAGAACAUUUCCGUUGUCUUUUAGCAUAAAUGAUCAAAACAAGCACAAAAGCACAUAACGGGGGAGAAAGGUGACGGACAGUCAGACAGUUAACUUUGUAUAAAGUACAGUGUCAUGGAAAUGAUUCUUCCUUCUUAGCCAUUAACUGUUUAAAAUUUCCGGAUAGACAAAGUGUUGGAAAGCCUUGUUGAAUUGCGGCUCUUGCAAAGACUUAUUUAAAUAUAAUAAAUAUUAUUUUAAAUGUUUAUGUUAACUUCUUUUUUUCUUAUAUGUUCCACUUUGUUUUGACUGAUUUUUACUAGUCUACGAUUGUUGCGUAGGCGGUGUUUUUUGAAAAUUGUUUCAUUUUGAUUUGAGGGCGAGAUGUUGAUGUGUACAUAAAUACAGAUAUUAUUGGAAUAUAAAUAUUUGCUUGCUUGAAAUAAUCAGCAGACCUAGAUCAAAAAUAUUAGUAGAUGCAAAUGUAAAAAUAAAAAAACAAAAAACGUUUAUUCUUGUAAUUAAUCAAUUCGAAUGGUGCUGCAAAAGUAACUUGAUCUACCUAUACGGCAUCCCAAAGGAGACUAACUGGUAACAUUUUUUUAAUCUGUCGGGUUGAAAUAUAACACAUUUGGAGAAAACUGUAAGUUGUACAUUUAAAGAAACUGCUGUUCUGAAAAUAACAGACCAAAAACUGAAUUUUACGUUACUGUGUUACAGGAAAAAUCCACUUUAAAGUUCACAGAGAUCAGAAAAAUGAAACAAUGGGGAGAUUUUUUCUUGUUUUACAGUUUGUUUUAUUUUGUUUUCCACUCAAAUUUAAAGUCAAACUUCGGAGACACACCUUGAAAUACCGACUGGAAUAUUCACAAUUUAAUCAUAAACCCUUAAAUGAACAGAAAAUAUUGGUACCAUAAAAAUAAAAAUAAAAAUAUAGCAUGUUUUUUUUUUGUUUUUUUAUACCAAUUUUUAUUCACAAAUUCUGUAAUAUUUGAAUUUGUAUUUAAUUUAAUUUGUUAAAUUUUCAAUAACUAAAAUAGCCUUAAAAAAUUUUUUAUGGUCCGAACAUAUCUGAGAAAAAAAUUGGAUAACAACUUUCAAGCCAAUUACGCAAUCUGUGUUACGUCCCAGUGCUUCAAGUGUUCAACUCAACACACGACGAUCAGAAAAAUUAACAAAAUGGGAAUUUUUUUUCUGUUUCAUAAUUUGUUUUAUUUUGUUUUUCACUCAAAUUUAAAGUCAAACUUCAGAGACACACCUUGAGGCAAGAUAAGUACAACUAGAAUAAUUCAAAGUUUAUUCAUAAGCCCUUAAAUGAACAGAAAAUAUUGAUACCACCCUCAAAUAUCCUGCAUUCAGUAUUGGUCAGUCUAAAUAAAAUAAGUAAAAGAUUUUUUUAAUCAAAAUGAAUUCCAUUAAUAUGCUUAAGUCUGAAAUAUUACAAUUUUAAUUUACUUAAAUUUUUUUUAAUUCACAAUAAUUAAAUUGGCCUUUUAAAGAAAGAUUGUAUGGUCCGAACACAUCUGAGAAAAACAUUUGAAACAACUUUUAUUUUGUUUUCCACUCAAAUUGAAGGUCAAACUUCAGCGACACACCUUGAGGCACGAUAAAUACCAACUGGAAUAAUUCACAAUUUAAUCUUAAAGCUGGGGUUGGCAGUGUCGGAAAACUAGCAUGAAUUUGAAUGUAGCUUUUCCUCAGGACUCCGUCUAACCGGCUGGACGGGAUUUGAAUGGUUUAAAAUUUUGGCACCCAAAAAAGGCUGAUAGUUGGUGUUUUCCCAGGUUUACUCCGGCUGUAGAUAGCAGCUUCUCUUCGCUCUUUUUUAAGAACACAUUAUGUAUUGAUUACCAUCAGGACAUAAAGAUCAUUUUAACCAGUAUGACAAAAAGUGUAUCUAAAUCUGAUUACCAACCCCAGCUUUAAGCCCUUAAAUGAACUGAAAAUACCAAUACCACCCUCAAAUACCCAGCAUCCAGUAUUGUUCAAGCUAAAUUAAAGACAUUAUUUAUACUUUUUUUUUCAACCAAUUCUUUUCUCACAAAUUUGCUUAAAAUUCUGAAAUAUUUCAAUUUAAUUUACCUAAUUUUUUAAGUUUACAAUAAUUAAAUAAGACAAACAUUGGGUACAACCUUUAACCCAAUUACGCAAUCUGUGUUACAUCCCAGUGCUUCAAGUGCUCAACCUAAAUUUCUACUACUCUACUACACAGUCCCAAAGAUGUUAAAUUUCUCAGACACAAAGUGAAAAAUAUUUACUCUUUCUUAUUAACACCUAAAUGUUAAAGGUUUGAAGACUUUGAGGCACACUUAAGCUUAGUUUUAAAGGUUACAAGGAGGUGUUUUGGUGAAGUUGUGCUUCAAUAGCAACCAAAAAUGUGUUACAAAUAACUGAGUUAAGACUCAACUCAAAUUUAAACUACUCUAAUACACAGUCCUACUGAUGUACAAUGAAUCUGACAUUUAACAAUGUAAUUAUUUACCUCACCUGAGUCCUGGAGGCGUUGUUAAAUUGGUUUUUAGUAAAGUACAUCAAGGUGUCAUCUGCAUAUAGUGUGAUCUUUUUUCUGGAGGUUGAGAUUUUCUGACAAAAUUAGCCACAUUUCUUAAACAGAAAGUGAAAAAUAUUUACUGAUUCUUAUUAAACUGUCAGGUAACAUCUAAUGUUCAAGGUUUGAAGACUUUGAAGCACACUUAAGCUUAGUUUUAAAGGUUACAAGGAGGUGUUUUGGUGAAGUUGUGCUUCAAUAGCAACCAAAAAUGUGUCACGAAUAACUGAGUUAAGACUCAACUCAAAUUUAAACUACUCUAAUACACAGUCCUACUGAUGUACAAUGAAUCUGGCAUUUAACAUUGUAAUUAUUUACCUCAGCAGAGUCUUGAGGGCGUAGUUAACUUGCUUUCUAUGGUAACGUACAUCAAGGUGUCAUCUGCAUAUAGUGUGAUCUUUUUUCUGGAGGUUGAGAUUUUAUGACAAAAUUAGCCACAUUUCUUAAACACAAAGUGAAAAAUAUUUACUGAUUCUUAUCAAACUGUCAGGUAACAUCUAAUGUUCAAGGUUUGAAGACUUUGAAGCACACUUAAGCUUUGUUUUUAAAGGUUAUAAGGAGGUGUUUCUAUGAAGUUGUGCUUCAACAGCAACAAAAAAAUGUGUCAUAAAACAACUGAGUAACAAAAACUGACGUGUGUGCGUGGGUGGAUUUUUCCUUCUAACAGAUUUAAGUUGUAAUUUGUGUCCUCUCAAAUGUCCCUCUAAGGUUUCCAGAUCACUCUGUUUGUUCAGACUCACAAAGAAUGUAAUUGUUUUUUGAAGGGUGAAGAACGUGACUGAAUGUGUCCGAAACACUCCGAUAUGUUGCAACUGGUGUGCAGAGCGGCGGCAGCCUGACGGACUCAGGCGGCAAGACAGAAUCUGAGAGAUUAAAUUUAAACUUUCAGAAAGUUAGUGUCCACAGUGGUUGAGUCUACAGUUUGGCCCCUUUCUUAGACACUUUUGUGGACUACAUUUAAUUGGCGAUUACUCAUUAUUUUGGGCUUCUUGCUUGAAAAGAUCUCUUGGAUUAAGAGUUGAAACUUCCUCCACUGAGCUGUCCUCUCUGGUGUGUUUUCGUCGGGGCUGCUGCUGCACACACUGCCGUCUGAAGUUCAUUUUGAAUCCAUGUAGAUGCAGUGAAGUUUGGGAAUGAUGGCUGGUUCUGAUGGUGUCCAAACUGUUUGAAAUUAAACACAAACUGGUUUUGAAGAUGGAAUAAUGUAAA